CUCAAGGCUUCAAUCUCUGAAAAUCUCAAACUUCAAAACCCCCAAUUUCAACGCUCUCAAUCUAAAACCUAAUCGUCCAAUUCACGAACGACAAUCUCGCUCCUACUUCUCCGCCGUCCGCGCCGCCAUGCCUCGACGGUGGGAACGGAAGAAACGCUUCAUCUCAACCUGCUUCUCUCACGCUGUUCAAAAAUUUCACGCCGUUCAAAAAUUUCACGCCGUUCAAACAUCUCACGCUUGCGUCAAAACUGCUUCGUCGUCACUUUGCAAUUUUCUCUAGGUAUGCCGAAGAAAUUUGCGUUGGUUAUUGCGGUAGACUGUUGUAAUAAAAGGGCGUUGCUUAUCGCGCUAGAGUAUAAAGAUCAUGAGAUUGAGAACUCCCUUCCACAUGCCAUACACCAAAUGUAUAAAGUCAGGAAAAUUUUAACCACCAGAUAUGGCUUUCAUAAAAAGGAUGUGGUGGUCAUGACAGACAAGAAAGGUGAAAAGAAUAAUUCUCAUUAUCCACCGACAGCUGACAAUAUAAAAAAAAAUCUUAAGAAGAUGGGCUACGAGUCAAGACCUGGGGACAAGCUCUUUCUUUACUUCAUCGGUCAUGGGGGCCGGGAGGAGGCCCCCCAAGGUAGCCCUAAUGAUACAGGGUUUGUCGAGUUUAUUUCAACGGCAAAUUCUACUAGGAUAUGUGAUUUUGAAAUUAGGGAAAUAGAAAAAUCAAUCCAAAAAGGGGUAAAUUUUACAUUUGUUUCUGAAAGUUGUUGUAGUUCAGGAUUGAUGGAGGGAUCUCAUGAGUGUAUAGGAAGAAGUGUAAUUACAGACGACAAAAAAAAAAGCAGCAAGAACGAUAAAGGCAAGUGCACAAAAGAAAAAGGCAAUAAAGAGAAACAAACCCCUUCUAGCAUUUUCUUAGCAUCUUGCCAAAGUGAUGAAGAUUGCUAUUAUGGUCACGUCAAUGGUCACGAUGUUUCGUAUUUUACUCAUACGUUGUUGGAGCUGCUAUACCUAUCGGAGGGUCAGAUGUCUCUGAUGGAGUUAGUGACUGAAAUCAACAGAAAGUUAUCCAGAAUAACUGAUGCAGUUGGUAACGUAAUACAACAGCGAGCAGGAUUGUACUGCAGUCCGGCUCAAUCCGAGGAAAAGUUUUUAGGAGGUAUGAUAGGUAAACAAAAAGGGGGGAGAGUGGAAACUUAUGGGGACCACGGUAAGGCUUCUACUUCUUCGACUCAGACGUUGUCUUCGAUGGUGCUAAACAGCGAUACACAAGAAGAUGCGAAAAGUGGGGUGGAAAAGUUUCAGGUCAAGAUAUUGGGAGAUAGUAGUGCUCAGAUCACGGAGGAUGUCCUAUCUAGUUCAAAUGUUGGGAUAACCUAUUCCAAGUUAUCUGGCUCUGCAUCAAGUGCUAGUUUGACGAAUGGGCAUGCAGCUCCUAUGUAUCCAGCUGGUAUCAGAAAUGGCAAUGAAACUUGGUUCGAAGUUGGACGAUCCAAGACUUAUACCCCAACUGCUGAUGACAUUGGUCAUGUCCUUAAGUUUGAAUGUUCUGUAGUUGAUGCAGUGACAAAAUCACCUGUGGGACAAGCUAGCACUUUACAAACGAAUAGGGUCAUUCCUGCUCCUUCACCAAUUCCUCGCCGAAUUAUACGUGUUGAUGGGAUGGGGCAUUUAGAUCUAGAUAGGCGCAUGACAUCUUCAGGAACUUUUACUGCUCUGUCAUACAAUGUCUUGUCUGAGACAUGUGCCUCAAAUGAUCUCUAUAGCUACUGCCCUCCGUGGGCACUUUCUUGGCCAUAUCGCAGGCAAAAUUUGUUACGGGAAAUUAUUGAUUAUGCUGCAGACAUAAUUUGCCUUCAGGAGGUUCAAAAUGACCAUUAUGACGAAUUUUUUGCUCCUGAAUUGGACAAACAUGGCUAUCACAGUCUUUUCAAGAGAAAAACAACUGAGGUAUCCAGUGGCAACACAAUUGAUGGUUGUGCGACAUUUUUUCGCAGAGACAAAUUUUCCCAUGUGAAGAAAUAUGAGGAUAAUGUUGCACUAAUAGUGGUUCUAGAAACAAAAGUUAACAAUCAACUAGUUGAUAAUCUUGGGAAAAGACAACUUCUUUGUGUGGCAAAUACACAUGUUCAUGUUCAGCAAGAUUUAAAAGAUGUCAAACUCUGGCAGGUGCAUACUCUCUUAAAGGGGUUGGAAAAAAUAGCCACAAGUGCGGACAUUCCAAUGUUGGUUUGUGGAGACUUCAAUUCUGUUCCAGGAAGUGCUCCUCAUGCACUUCUUGCAAUGGGGAAGGUAGACCCGUCACAUCCUGAUUUAACAGUUGAUCCGCUUAAUAUUUUACGCCCUCAUAGCAAGUUGGUUCACCAAUUGCCACUGGUCAGUGCAUAUUCGUCUUUUGCAAGAACAGCAGGUCUUGCAUUCGAGCAGCAUAAAAGGAGACUGGAUGGCGGAACAAACGAACCUUUGUUCACAAGCGUUACUAGAGAUUUUGUUGGCACUCUAGACUACAUAUUUUACACAGCGGAUUCAUUAGUUGUGGAGUCAUUAUUGGAGUUAUUGGAUGAAGAGAGUUUGAGGAAGGACACUGCACUUCCUUCACCUGGAUGGUCCUCGGAUCAUAUAGCACUCCUAGCCGAGUUCCGCUGCUGCAAAAAUAAGUCUAGGCAUUGAUACUUUAAGUUCAGAUCCAGAGACACAUAAAGAAAAAGGCUGAAAGAAGCAUUUGGCCGGAAGUUAUUGUAAGAAUGGUGGAUCGUGCAUGUAUUUUCCAGGUAUCUCCAUGCGGGAUCCUUGCAGUGAUCUGCUUUGUAUCAUGUUACCUUACUCAUAGAAAAAUUAUGGUGAUCAUGCCUUAUUACUUUCUUCUUUGUCCCUUUUCCCUCCCAACCUUUGCUUCAAAUCUUUUUCCCUUUGUAAAAGCAAAAAUUUCUUCAAAGAUGCCUUACUGGCUCUAAUACAUCCUAGUGAACAAACCAUGUUUUUCCAAUUUAGUGGCGGGCGGAGCCUAUAGUUUUAAUUCAUAACAAAGUAGUAGAAUUUUAGGGAAGUUGCUUAACAUGGACAUGGAUUUUGAACUGUUUCUUCAUUCGUAGCAACAUAGGAAGAGAUGUUUACUGUUAACAAUUGAAAACAAGUUAGACACAUUUUUCCGGCUCCCCUUAAACACAAUGGUAGCUAAUGAUCACUCUAUCUCCUUGUGUUGCAAGAAAAACUGGCAUUUCCCUUGAGUAUAAUAUGAUAGAAUGCAUAUAUUAUGUUC